ACACACACACACACAUACACAGUGCGCACACACUCUCACUCACACACAGUCCGAGCAGAGCAGAGGAGCUCUCAUCCAGAUCCGUGCCAGACGCAUGGUCGACUUUUGGUUUUUUGCGCGGCUUCUAUCACAUUUUGUUUCAUUUUUGCUUCAAGAGUAGUUCGAACUUAACUUUGUGUCAACUUUGAGGUGUUUUUAAAGUGGAUUCGUCACGCCUGUUGGAUAUAUCCUUUGGAAUUACUGUUGGAUACUCCGCGACGCACAGAAGUCAUCUGCAGCUCGACCCGGAUUGUUUCUUUCCGACGCAGGAGCGCGCAGGGGCAGCCCGGAGCUCUCCAAGGGAAAAACUCUAUCCGUGCGUCUCCGCCUGGGCUGUGACUUUUUAACCGAGCCGUCCCAGAUAUGGUGGGGCACCUACACCUACAAGCGAUGGAUGAUAGCCUGAAAGGAAAAAACCGAGAGGGGCUGCUCGACAGCCCGGAUUCGGGACUGCCGCCGAGCCCCAGUCCGCCCUUCUGCUCGCUGUCCCCGGGUCUGAUCGAGUCGCGCUCCAGCAGCUGCACGACGCCCGUGGAGAGCCACCAUGGAUGUUAUAGGAAGGAGAGCAGAGAGGGGAAACUGCUGCCCUACCUGCUGCUGAACUCCACAGGAACAGACCCCAAGACUCGCAUGUACCCCGUGUUCUUCGGGGAAAGCAUCGAGGUCAACCCCAAACCAGAGCAGGAAAUCAAGUGCAUCUCUGAGGUCAAGUAUGACUCCGACAAGCAUUACCGGGACCGGGUGUACUGCGCCCCCGUUCCCACGGCCACCUCCUUCAGCGAGACAGUGGUAGCGGUGCAGAACUGCACAUGGAGGAGCUACAAGUCCCAGGUGUACCUGGAGCCGCGGCAGAGGCCCAUCAGCUACCAGAGCACCACCAUCAUCUACCCGAAACACGCCAAGAACACUUACCGCACCACGCUCAACUACAACGCCACGGGUUCCCGCCGCUGGUUUGUCUCCACAGUGCAGCUGGAGUCGAGCGAGGAUACUAGUCCCUGUAUCAUCUACACAGAGGACCUGUAGAGCUCAGCCCGUACAGGGGGAUGGCUACCUGGCAACCAUCUUGUUUUUUCUCAGAGGAUGAGGAUCGAGGGAGGGCCCAUUUUGAAAAGGAAAUACUUCAAGUGUUGUCUGAAGCCCCUACGAACCCUGGUCUGUUCAUCUUUACGUGCCAUGGAGGAAACUCUGGGAACCUUCAGUGACAUUUCACCUGAGUGUAUUUAGACUUUCUACUGAUGCCGUCUUUAAAAAGGGACUCCCGGCAGUUUAGAGCUGCACUUGAAUGGUUGAUGUCUUAUUUAAUACAAGAGCUGACAAAUUGGUGGCUUUCCGGUUUUUAAUGAUCAGAUUGCAGACGUCUGUAUAUGUAGAGAAAAGUCGAGAUGACACGAGUUGUGGGAGUUCGCGCAAACUCCAGUCACACCAAUGCAAAGCUUGCUAAUAUGGCUUUAUUGCACUUGUUUUCUAUAUAUCACAGUCCUCUCAGUGGACGUGGAAUCGCAGGGGGAGAAUUUCAGUUCUGCGUUUGAAAAAUUGGACCAAAGACUGUUUAUCUCUGCAAUAACUCCCCACUAUGAGACAGUUACACAGUUUUAACUACACAUUUAAACAACAGCUUGUUCGGUUUGGUCAAGCGCUCAGUUCAAAUAUCUGCACACUGCAGGUGUUGGGAUUAUUCACAUGAACCAGAGGGAUGUGUAUAGAGUGAAGACUGAAGUCUAAUCCUACAGCACGAUCACAGCACAGUGUAAAUGAUGCCUGGAGAAUAUUUAAAAGAGAUGUCUGAAGCCUCGAAAACCUGGUUUCACAUCUCAGGAUUACAUUAAAUAUUGAACCGUGUUGGAUCACUGGACUUUUGGUCUUAACUUAAUUUGAAUACUUGGGUUAAAACAAUGUCAGUUAGUUUUUUUUUUCAGUAAACUAGUUCUUGUUUGGUCUCAAGGGGGUGCUGGAGAGCUGGAGAGCUGCAGAGCCACAAUCAAGGUUAAAAUUUAUGGGAAAUAUAUCCUCAUGAUAACAGUUUUAUUUAUUAAGAGUUUAAUUACAAAAACUCAAGUGAUCUGCUUCGUGAUUGCAGGACCACAUCAUCUGUAUUUUCAGAAUUAUUGAUAAUACUGAGCACAUAUGGCCUCUGAUAAUGGUGGCAAAUGGGAAUUAGUUCGUGACUUUGUCUUUUUGAUCAGUGUUUGAUUGAUUUUAUAACUUGUUUUGGUUUCACUCAGACAAUAAUGAGGAAAAAAAUGCGAGGAUCAGAGGGAAGUGACACUUCUCUGUCCAGUUCUUGUUACAGAACUAACAAAUGGCGCUCACCUGUUUACUUCUCCAUUACAACUUCUCUGGAAGUUUCAUUCUACAAACAAUCGACGUGUCACUGUUUCACUUCUCAAUGAAAGGCCAACAUUGUUCUGGAUUGCACCAGCUCUUCAUAAAGGUGUCACGUAGUUUGUGGACAAAGUAGCUGCUCAAUAACUCAGCUACUAACGUCACUGUCGCAUCGCAACUCACCAAAGUGUCAAACGCUACAGCGUCAGAGGAGCAAACAAUGUAUUGAACAUAACUACUUUGUGAAUGUAGUUGAUAUGAGUUAUUAACUUUCCAAUAAUGCUAACAUUUAUUAGCCUGACACUUUUAGCGUAAUGUUUAUUUUGAGUCAUGUCGUAACUCAUGUGAAACUUAAUUAAAAAUCUUCCCAAGUGUCAUGUGAGACAUUUCAAACAUAUAGUUUUUUUAUGCUAUGAAUGUGCCAAACCUUAGCUCUGUCAGUCGGUGCAGUCACUUACACGUGGCCCUUUAAAUAAUAACCAGUCUUUACUCUACUUGUUGAAUGCGACCCCCUUUAAAUACAGGCUGUGUCCGAAAUCACACUACAAAGUGCACUAUAUAGUGAGUUCGCCAUUUUGUAGUGCUGUCCGAAUGUUUAGUGACAUUUUUUAUACCCAAUAUACUGCACAGUGCACUCAGUGAUUCCCAUCUUGCAUCAUGAAAAAUAGUGUACAAUUGAUGGUCACUAACUGAGCAACAUCUACCAUCAUGCAUUGGGCUGGCGGUGAAGAGACGAGACGAGUGAGAGCAGCGGGAACAGCCCAACCUGUCGUACAAAUGUAAAUACGAGCCGAGCAGCUCGUCACAAACUGAGACAAACAAGUUUCUUUCUACUCUUAAAGAUUGCCAUUCAUUUUUUACCUUAAAGUUUCAACACCAACUGUAAAAUAAACAUUUAAAAUUUAUUGUGGGAUUGCGACAAUGAUGUCGUUCUUUUUUUUUUCUUUUUUUCUGAUGAGCUCACUAGAGUAUAUUGUGCUCUGGAAGACCACAUAUAGUUAAAUGAGUGGGAGAUUUCGGACACAGCCAUAGUGAUAUUUCAAUCUCCACUAAGUGAACUUUUAAAUUUAUGAAUUGCUGGUGCGGCCGAGUGUUUCACUUUGUUUUCAGAUACCAACAAAUUGUCAUUGUGGGACGUUUCUGUUCGAUGUUGUUUCAAAAGCAUGAAACUCCUCUGGUAUCACCAACAUGUAAAAAGUCGAGCAGUGAUUCGUUUUCCCUGUUGAAGAUGUAAAAUAGAUUUUUUUAUUAAUGGAGCGUUUUCAUGACUUCUUUAUGUGUCUGUCUUAUAUAUAUAAAUAAAUAUAUAUUUAGAUUACUGAACAUGGCAAAUAUUGAGACUUCAGACUUUACCUCAAAUUCUCUAAGGUAUCAGUUUUAUGUCAUUGCAAAUGUGUACUCCCAAUUUUUCAAUGGAGGUCGUGAGCUUGAGAUCUUGUUUCCUUUCAUAGUUUGAAAAGCCCUCCAGGUGUGUGUAAAGUCGAAAGGACACGAAGGCUGUGAGUCUGAGGCGGUUCAUCACAUACUGGGUUUAAAUGAGGGAACAGUAAGUAGCAGAACAAAGAGCGAGACAACAGGAGAAACCAGAGGAGAUGAGGCCGUUGUUCUGGGGACGCCUCUCUGUGCAGAGCAGUGAAGCUCCUGCUGAGAUGAUGGAGAGCUGCGCUAUGUGUUGAUGGUCUGUGAAAUGUCGGAGAAUCCUGAGACAGAGUUGGCGGGUGUCAAGUCAAACACGAUGGCGGUUUUGUGUGAGAUACUUUUUGUGUUUCCUAACACUUGAUUUUGUUACUGUAAAAUAUUCUCCUGUUGUAUAUGUGGCAUUGAGGCACUUCAUAAUUCUCUUUAUAUUUUUGUACGUCGAUAAUUGUUCCUGCUCUGAUCAAGGAAAAAUAAUUUAAAAAGAUGCAUAUCCUGAAUGAAUAAAAAAGAAAUUCCCAAACACUAA